CGCACGGACGUGGUGAGCCAGAGGCUGGACGACACAGCGCGGCACGGCACGGCACGGCACGGCAACGUCAGCCGAGCGGCGACUACAGGAGCCGAGGUUCUGUGUGGAGAUAUUUGGAGUUGGAGGAGGAGGGCGACGACUCCGCCACUUGUCCGAUCGUAGGAGAAACAUUGAAACUCCCUCACUCCCGGAGCCUUAAACACUGACACAAGUCAACAGACGCAUUGUUACGUACACAGUGAAGCACACGAGCAAAUAUGAGUGAAGACAAACCAGCUGAGAGCGGGGAAACUGCCCACGCCGACGCCAACGCUAUCCCUAACGGGAGAGGCCACGAGCCUGGUGAGGAGAUCACAGCGCUGGCCAAAACUCCAGCGGCAGACGACAGUCAAAAAGAAACUGAACCCAACAGUGCCCAGAAUGCAAGUCCACACAAAGCUGAGAGUGCUGAGACCGACAGCCAGGACUUCUUAUCAGGCUCAGAUGAGAAGAAGGCGACGCGCUUCACAGACUUUGAAGGGAAAACCUCGUUUGGGAUGUCAGUCUUCAACCUGGGCAACGCCAUCAUGGGGAGUGGGAUCCUCGGGCUGGCCUACGCCAUGGCUAACACAGGGGUCGUCCUGUUUUUGAUACUCCUCACAGUGGUGGCCGUCCUCUCCUCAUAUUCCAUCCAUUUGCUGCUAAAGUCGUCUGGUAUCGUAGGUAUACGUGCGUAUGAGCAGCUCGGUUACAGGGCCUUUGGGACCCCGGGGAAGAUGGCCGCCGGCAUCGCCAUCACACUGCAGAACAUUGGAGCCAUGUCCAGUUACCUGUACAUCGUCAAGUAUGAGUUUCCUCUGGUCAUCCAGGCCUUUCUGAAGGUGGAUAAUCCUGCAGGCGAAUGGUUCCUGAACGGAAACUACCUUGUGAUCAUCGUGUCUGUCGCAGUCAUUUUACCUCUGGCUCUGAUGAAGCAGCUCGGGUACCUGGGAUAUACCAGUGGCUUCUCUCUGACCUGCAUGGUUUUCUUUCUCAUUUCGGUCAUCUAUAAGAAGUUCAACACGCCGUGUCCGUUUGUGGACUUCUCCUUCAACGCGAGCGCCAGCGUCGUCAACAUCACUGCGAUGGAGCCCGGCGGGGAGAUCAAUCCUGCUUGUAUCCCCAAAAUGGCCAAUCUGAACUCACAGACGGCCUACACCAUCCCCAUCCUGGCGUUCGCCUUUGUGUGCCACCCCGAGGUCCUGCCCAUCUACACAGAGCUGCGCAAUCCCACCAAGAAAAAGAUGCAGCAUGUGUCCAACAUCUCCAUCGCAGUCAUGUACGUCAUGUACUUCCUGGCUGCGCUUUUUGGAUACCUGACGUUCUAUGGUGAAGUGGAAGCGGAGCUGCUUCACACGUACAGCCGCAUCGAUCCGUACGACACCCUGAUCCUGUGCGUGCGCGUGGCCGUGCUCACCGCCGUCACGCUCACUGUGCCCAUCGUGCUCUUCCCUGUACGGAGAGCCAUUCAGCAGAUGUUGUUCCCCAACAAGACGUUCUACUGGCCUCGCCACAUCGCCAUCGCCGCCGUUCUGCUCACCUUCAUCAACCUGCUCGUCAUCUUUGCUCCAAACAUCCUGGGCAUCUUUGGGAUCAUCGGUGCCACGUCUGCCCCGUGUCUCAUCUUCAUUUUCCCCGCCGUGUUCUACAUCCGUAUUGUACCCAAAGAAGAGGAGCCCAUGCGCUCGGUGCCCAAAAUUCUGGCUGCCUGUUUUGCAGGGAUAGGCUUCCUGUUCAUGAUCAUGAGUCUGAGCUUCAUCAUUAUUGACUGGACGUCGGGCAGCAGUAAAGCCAGCAGCGGUCACUAGACGCCACCGUCCACCUACUCUUCAGGUUUUGUAUUGUUGAUUUAGACCUGUGUGUUGUAAUGUUACUGCUUUUGAUUUCUUUGGUUUUUGCUGUUGUUGGAUAAUGUUUGACGUUAAAGACGCCCGCGUGUGUUCCAUCAGAGAUUAUUGGCCUUAGAGGAGGAGGAGGAGGAGGAGUCUCACUCUAAUGAUAUCACAUUUUACUGCACAUCCUGUCAGACAAUGCACACGCACGUCAGCAGACUUUUCUUAGGGAAGCUCAAAGUGAAUUAACUGCAUAAAGAUUGAUGUCGACACUUGGAGGCCGCGCCUCCAGAGGUGGAUAUAACAACACAAUUAUUACACUCUAGCAUGAUGCUGCUGCUGCUGCUGUCUUUAUACACCUGCCCUACUUUUAUCAUCUUUAAUCCAUAAACUGCUACUUCUCAGAUUAGAUUACACAACCUGAAGCUCCUCCCUAUUUUAGGACCUAUUUUAUGAUAGAUAAUUAUCUCAUAUUGUAUUAUUAUUACAGGUUAUAUGAAUCACUAUAGUUUUGCAACUCAGAGGAAAGGUGAUAGAAACAGCUAUUGCACAGAUUGGUAGAUUAGAUUUACAGAAAUGUAAAGGAACAGUUCAACACUUUGAAUGGAGCAGUGUCAGGUGUCAGGUGUUUCCACCAGCGCGACUCGCCUCGCCUCGGCACAGUUAUUCUGCUUUUCCAUUAGCGAUAGUACCUGGUACUUUGUUUAGUUCCUGCUCUGACGAGGUUCCAUACGAGCUGAGUCCGACUGCUGGUCACUGAUCACUGGUCAGAGAGCGUCGCCACUGGAAGAGGCACAAGAAUCCAAGCGAACAAUCCUGUAGAAUUGUAGAUCAGUUCAAAAAGACUUAGAAAUCCUAAAAACGUGGCUUAAUCUCCAACAUUUAGCAAAUGAAAUGUCUAAAACCUCAUCAUUUAACAGUCUGUGCUGCGGUCACACAGGAAGUACUGAACAAAUAUUCUAAUGAUUCAGUUACCCUGAAAAAGUCACUAGUCACUCACACACUGUGUGUGUCACGUAUAAAACGAAGUCACGGCAGUUUCAUGCAGCCGCGCUGUGAUGACUCCGCCCACGUUGAGGAGGAACUACAUUGUAAUGGAAAACCAACCAAACCGUGCCGAGUCGAGGCGAGCUGAGCUGUGCUGGGACCACUUUGCUCGUUUCAUGCAGCAGAGGAUGAAAAAGCCCAAAUGGAGUUCUCACACUAGGUUGUUUUCCUCCAUCGUGAGCCAUCGUGAGACACCUGCACACCGUCAAGUGUUAACCAUUGAAAAAAUGUGGGACUGUUCCUUUAAUGUGUGCAGCUCGCCCUAACACGUGCUGCUGCUGCUGUUUAUUUUAAGGUGGAGAGUUGCCUAAAGUCUCACCUCCAUCAGUGCAGGGUGCAGAGCCACUGACAGAAUGUGGUGCAGUGUUUUUACCAUCAGCACAUUUAUCACUACAUGUAUAUUUAUUAUAUAUAUAAUAUAAACUACUCUACUUGAUUAAAAACGUCUGACGCUGCAGUAUGCACAGAAUGAGAUGAGAUGAGCGGACAGUGCAGGGCUGCAGUUCUCUUCAGAUCACCGUGACAACGGAGGAAGCCUCGCUGGAGUUUUAUUGUUCAUCUGUAAAAAACAAGGCAUUGAAUACAUUGAAUGCCGAACUGUAGAUCCGUUAAAAAGACUGAAAAUAAUAAUAAUAAACAAUCCUGAAAAUGUGGCGAAAUCUCCAACAUUUAGCAAAGGAAAUGUCUAAAAUCUCAAUAUUGAACACAGGAGUCUGGUGAUUUUAGUCUGUGAACUGAUUCUAAUGAUUCACUUGCACUAAAAACAACUGCUUUACAAGUCACUAGUCACUCGUUGUGCGGUGAUGACUCCGCCCACAUUGAGUUGGUACUAUUGUGUAGUGGAAAACCAACCUAAACCAUGCCGAGGCGAGGCGAGGCGAGCUGGGACCACACACAGGUGGAAAAGGGGCUUCAGUUUUACUGCAGGUAAUCAGAGAGAGAACCAAAACAUGUGCACAACAACAACAACAACAACAACAACAACAACAACAACAGGGUCAGGUGUGUGUGUGUGUGUGUAAAUAUCUCUGCCUCCAGCACAAGCUUGAUUCCUAACAGAGGCGACGACCCCCAACAUCAGUGUCUCUUAACAUUCCUGCUGGUUAGAUAAAGCACUUUUUCUCUUUUCUUCAAAGCACAACUUCUCAUCACAGACGUCAAUCAUUUAAAAAAACAAAGAAGUGUCCUCACAUUUUGCUAAAGGGUGUUUGAAGUGUGUGUGUGUGUGUGUGUGUG